AUGAUUCAGAGGAAGGAUGUGGUUCUGUCAGUUCUAGGACAACUGCAGGAUGCUACAGAGAGCUCCGGCCUGGAUGCCCUCACCAGGGUAGCUCUGGAGGUCCGCCAGGUCCUGACCCCCUUCACCCUGCCCUCCUCCCCUUGCCAGGAGUUCCCCGGCUGGGCAGGUAUCGACGGCAAGGCCCAUAGCCUGUACCCUGCUGACGCCCCCAGAGGCCUCCUACCUCUGGUCUGUAAGGGAGAGGGGAACCUGCUGUUUGAUGCAGCCAGCAUGCUGCUAGUGGGGACUACUAGUCUCAGUCUGGAGCUACAGGUGCGUACCGUGGUCGACAUGCUGCUGUGGAAGAGAUACUACUUGUGUGGUAUGAUCGACUCUAAGGUGAUGCUGCAGGCGGCCAGGUUCAGCUUGUGUGCCGAGGAGUCCCAGGACAUGCUCAACCUCCCCCUGUCCGUCCUCGAGGCUAUAUUUGAUGCCGAUGUCAAAGCCUCCUGCUUCUCUGGCUCCUACGCCAACAUGUGGCACCUCUAUGCCCUCUCCUCUGUCCUCCAGUGCAACAUCUAUUCUGUCUACCCCAUGUACAACCUCAAGAUACGACCCUACUUCAACCGCCUGAUAAGACCCAGGUCCUACCCCGAAGACAUGGAUCCUAUCACCUUGCACAUUAUGUGGUCUGGAGAGCUAGAGGGGGGCUCCACCAGCUCCAGAUUUAGACCCAUAGUCUUUGUAGCGUUAGUCCAGGCUAGCGACUUCCAGACGGGCAGUCCUAGCACUGAGAAGAGGGUCCCACCCCCAUUGAAGACCCAGGAGCUUCUCAAGCAGGACUCUCACCUGUCCUACUCCAGUCUGAAGGACAAGUACAACAUCACCAAGAGUACCUUCUACCGCUGGAGACGGCAGACACAGGAGCACCGCAAGAAAUCAGCUGCCAGGUACGAGGCCAAGCACUUCGUCCAGGCGUGUUAUCUGGAAGGGAAGCUUAUGCCUCUGCACCAGUUUAAAGAGUUCUUCCCUGAGAUCUCCCGGUCCACCUACUAUGCCUGGAAGCACGAGCUGAUCUCGUCCGGCGGUAGUUUCUCCACGGACGAGGUGAGUCCAGGGAACAGCAUGGAGCAGGAGUCCUGGUCCUCCCCAGAGUCCAAGCCCAGGCAGGAGGAGAACCAAGAGGUGGAGCCAGACCCAGAGCACCAUGACAGCGUGGCCAGUAUGUUCGGUCUGAACUACAACAAUGAUAAGGUGGAUGGGGAACGGGCCCAGAACCUGGCGCUGAUGCAGGAAGCCAAGAAAGUUCUUCAGAACUGCAUCUCCAUGAACACCUUGUUCCCCUUCAGGAUCUUCAAGAGGAGCUUCCCUGGCAUCUCCAGAUCCACUUACUACAACUGGAGGAGGGAAGCCAUGCUGUUCAAUAGAGGCUACAAGGCUAGGAGUAGCGAAGACAACUCUGAUGUGGAUAAGAGUACUGAUGGUCAGUCCCCUAUCGGGGGGACUGAGAGCCAUGGUCAUGCUGCUGCUGUCUUCCCCAGAAUGAAGAUCUGUAGAAACAACUACAAAGGGUUCAGGUUGGUGUUUCUACACAGGAAGAAGCUUAGAGAAGCAGCCAAGGUGAAGGUGUGGAUUUCAAGAUGGCCGAUGUCCAAGUUCAAAGUGAACUACCCCUCCCUGUCACUCUGUUUCUAUUGGAUGUGGCGCAACGGCCCGAGGCAAAACAGGAAGGAGAAAAUCACCCACCCGUCUCUGUCUCUAGAGGUGAACAGGCCUGAGGAUAUUAUGGAGGACAACAACGCAGCAAUGGAGAAUGUUAACGGCGUGACGAGGGGUCUGACUCAGGACGUGACUCAGGACGUGUUGUUGUUAGGGGGGGGUCCAACAGAGGGUCUGAGAGGCCCUUCCACAAUGACUUUUGUGACACCCCCCUUCGAUGCCCCACUCCCUCUAGCCAGGUCCCCCUUGCCCCUUCCCAACCCAACCAAGAUGUCCACCACCACCACCACCACAACAGAUGACCAGAUGUUUGUGAUGGAUCUGGUGGCCCUGGCCAACUUCAAGGCUAAGGCCAAACUGUUCCUCCAGAAACGCUUCGAGGAGAAAUCCUUCCCCACAUUCAAAGAGUUCAGGUCCUAUUUCCCCCUGACUCCCCGCUCCACCUACUAUAUGUGGAAGAGAGCCCUGCAUCACGGAGUGCCACUGGUACAUGGCUGAGGGAGAGAGGGCAUGGCUGAGGGAGAGAGGGCAUGGCUGAGGGAGAGAGGGCAUGGCUGAGGGAGAGAGGGCAUGGCUGAGGGAGAGAGGGCAUGGCUGAGGGAGAGAGGGCAUGGCUGAGGGAGAGAGGGCAUGGCUGAGGGAGAGAGGGCAUGGCUGAGGGAGAGAGGGCAUGGCUGAGGGAGAGUGUACCGAGUGUAAUGGUGGUCAUACACUCUGUUACACAAGCUUUAAGCAGAACGGUGCCCCUGUAACAAACUGAAAUGCUCUCUUGUCUCUUCAGAAUCCUAAACUAUCCCUUCUCCCUCCUUCACUUCCUCAAACAGAGCCAUCAGUAUCAACUCACCCUCUUUUAAAAAUGUUGAUUUUUCUUCAACUGAACAUUGUAUUUGUUUAGGUAGAGGUUUGUUUGAGCGCGUGGGUGAAGCCUAAUACAUUGGAAUUGUAGCUAAAUGCAUCUUAAUCUUGAUUUGUCCUGCUCUCCUUGUCUCUUCCCCUCCUCCCUCCAUUCCUUUACCUAUCACCUUCAGCUCAUGGACAUUUGCAUGUGUGUGAAAAGACACUGUUCCACUAAUGUUCCUCUGGCCUCCAGGCAAAAGGCAGUUGAAAGUCCCCAUGAUGGUGACAGUGGGGCUUUAUUUAAAUGGCUCUUUGUUUGAGAGUGGUUGUUUCUGCUUCUCUUGUCUCUCUAGUCUUGGUUUUAAUUCCAUCUCUCUCGUAAUGAUGGGUUUUAAUCCCAUCUCUCUCGUUAUGAUGGGUUUUAAUCCCAUCUCUCUCGUUAUGAUGGGUUUUCAUCUCUCAGCAUUGUUGGUUUUAAUCCCAUCUCUCUCAGUAUUCCUUUCAACAUCACUUUAUUUCCAUGUUCUCAUUUUAGUUAGCUAAUUGUUUUCAAGGUGUGCUGUUUUUGUUAAUCCAUUUGAUGUCUGUUUAUCUGUUCUAGAAGAUUAGUAGUGGUUGACCUUUUUUACUAGAUUAUUAUUUUUUUUUAGAUGUGUUGUAUUGAAAGGAGUCUGAGCUGUAGGGAAAGGCAUUUGUUUCAGAAAUCAAGUUUCUCCUGUAUUGUUUAGCUCCCUUUUUUUGUUUUCCAAGCAUGUUCUUCAAAUACUGAGUUUGAUUCCACCCCCCCAAAAAUUGACAAUUGAGUGUUCAUCCACUACCUUGUUCAGGGGCAGAACGACAUAUUUUUUUUACCUUGUCAGCUCGGGGAUUUGAUCUUGCAACCUUUCGGUUACUGGUCCAACGCCCUAACCACUAGGCUACCUGCCACCCCAGUGCUACUUGCAGUAUGAGAGGGUUCAAUGGUUUUCCAGCAUAUGUUACAGGGUUCAAGACAUUUUGUUUUAUUUUCAUUGACAAGUUUGUUUACGAAUGAAUGUUUACAACACUUCUGGACUCACUACCAGAACAUGUCAUUAAAACGUACUAAUUGGCCUCAUUAAGUAUAUAUUUCCUUUAUGAAACUCUAUUUUCUUGCUGAUUACCAUACUUUUUACUACCAACGUUUUUUUUUUCUGGUAACUAUACUGUGAAGUAUCUUCUUGAUAUGUGAAGUCUUAAACUAUGGUAUGUUAGUUUAGAUCAAUUACGUUUUUGUCUUUUUACAUUUUUAUUUUUUUUAAUGUCCAGGUGUAUAUAUAUUUUUUUUUUCUCAAAACAACAUUUUCUCUGAGUAUUGACAUUUUAGACACUGGUGUAUAACUGCCGUCAUACAUAACCAAACAUUUUUAUAUUUCAAUUUCUGCAUAUUUAUUUGUUUUGUCAUCUGGAGUGUACAUCAACCAUAUUUUUCUCACCCACAGUGAAAAUAUUGUUUUCCCAAUUUUUCUUUAUCAAUAAACCACCAACUCAAAUUCAGCUUGUGUUUGAAUGGAUGACUCCUAGAGCUUCUAGCUCCAUUCAUAUACCUGGCAGCAGUUUAUCUUGCUUUAGAUUGGUGUGAUUUUAUUCCGUUGUAGUUCAUUGUCCCCCUAGCUUGAGGAGACCAUGAUGAAGGACUAAUCAACCAUGCUGAGUUUAACAGACACACAACACAGUGAUCACAGUGGUAUUGACCAAUCCGCUUUGACAUCAGUGGUAUUGACCAAUCCGCUUUGACAUCGGUGGUAUUGACCAAUCCGCUUUGACAUCGGUGGUAUUGACCAAUCCGCUUUGACAUCGGUGGUAUUGACCAAUCCGCUUUGACAUCGGUGGUAUUGACCAAUCCGCUUUGACAUCGGUGGUAUUGACCAAUCCGCUUUGACAUCGGUGGUAUUGACCAAUCCGCUUUGACAUCGGUGGUAUUGACCAAUCCGCUUUGACAUCGGUGGUAUUGACCAAUCCGCUUUGACAUCGGUGGUAUUGACCAAUCCGCUUUGACAUCGGUGGUAUUGACCAAUCCGCUUUGACAUCGGUGGUAUUGACCAAUCCGCUUUGACAUCGGUGGUAUUGACCAAUCCGCUUUGACAUCGGUGGUAUUGACCAAUCCGCUUUGACAUCGGUGGUAUUGACCAAUCCGCUUUGACAUCGGUGGUAUUGACCAAUCCGCUUUGACAUCGGUGGUAUUGACCAAUCCGCUUCGACAUCGGUGGUAUUGACCAAUCCGCUCAAACAAUGAUCUGAUUUUUUUCUCACCCAUCUCAUGAUUUCUGAGUGGCAGAAUGUAAUGUGUGUAAUCAAAUCAUGUUUGCCAUUAUGAAAGCUGAAGGCAGUGGACCAGCUGAAUUUUAUUUAUGUUUUUCACCUUUAUUUAACCAGGUAGGCUAGUUUGACAACAAGGUCUCAUUUACAACUGCGACCUGGCCAAGAUAAAGCAAAGUAGUGCGACACAAACAACAACAGACUUACACAUGGAACAAACAAACAUACAGUCAAUAAUACAAUAGAAACUGUAUAUAGACUUUGUGUGCAAAUGGUGUGAGGAAUAGAUGGGUUGUAGGAAUAGACAGGUCGUUUUACAGGUACACAACAUAAUGUUUCUGUUGUAUUGUCUAAUGCUCAGGUCGUUUUACAGGUAUAUAACCAUAGUGUUUCUGUUGUAUUGUCUAAUGCUCAGGUCGUUUUACAGGUAUAUAACCAUAGUGUUUCUGUUGUGUUGUCUAAUGCUCAGGUCGUUUUACAGGUAUAUAACCAUAGUGUUUCUGUUGUAUUGUCUAAUGCUCAGGUCGUUUUACAGGUAUAUAAGCAUAGUGUUUCUGUUGUAUUGUCUAAUGCUCAGGUCCUAUUUCAGGUAGUCAAGAAGUCAAUGUGAAUUGCCAACUGAAUCUGUCCGACCAACAAGUGUUUGGAACACAACCAUCGUGUUUCUAUUGUAUUGUCUAACGUUCAGAUGAGAUUGUCUGACCGCAUAGAUGGUAGU